UUCAUCUUAUUUCAUCCGUCUUUUUUGCAUCUAAUUCUUUAAAACAUACACUAUGUGAUGUGACUAUGUGGUCCUGAAUAACACCUGAAUCUUGUCCUCUCAGAUUAAAAUAGCCACGAUGAACGACUUGAGGAGCACGUGGCAGCGGUUCGCUGAAGACCACAUUAAAGGUCAGAAGCUAAACCCAUUCAGCGAAGAGUUUGACUAUGAACAUGCCAUGGCUAUUCGACUCAACAAGGGCGACGCGGGAUAUGGGCGGCCCAAAGAGGGAUCCAAAACAGCCCAGCGUGCCGACCGGGCCCAGAAACACAUCUACCGUGAGAUGGAGGAGAUGUGCUUUAUCAUACGCGACAUGGGCCAGCGGGAUAAAGAGGGUCGUAUCUACGUCACCUUCGGCCGCCUGUUCGACCGCUAUGUCAAAAUCUCCGAUAAAGUUGUGGGAAUUUUAUUGCGCUGUCGCAAACACAAGAUGGUGGACUUUGAGGGCGAGAUGCUCUGGAAGGGCCAGGAUGAUGACAUUAUAAUCACAUUACUAGUUUAAUUUCCCGGAACGUUGCUAAGUUGCAGUAUAAACGAAGUAAUAACUUAUUUUAUUUAACUUCUUUUACCUUCAUUUUUCAGUUGUUUUCAAAAUACUGUAACUUUUCCACUAAAACCUACUUUUUCCAACAAGUAGCGGUGUAACAAGUCAAAAUGGAGCAUUGCUGUCUUUUACACAUUGCAAAAGCUGCUCAAAUUAAAAAAAAAUGUUUAGUUUUUUUUGCAACAGAUAAGUAAUUAUAAACUACCUACUUCCAACUUCAGUGUAGUUAAACGACUUUAAAUUGGACUCUAGGUAUCUAGUUUCAAAUUAGCCCUUAUAAUUUUAUUUAGCAGGAUGAAAUGUUAGAACGUUCCAGAAAACUGGUGAACUCUCUGAGAUGAACAUGUGCUCUUCUGUCUGCAUUCGGGUGCAUGACGUGUUUUGAAAGUAGAUGUAGUUUUAGUGUUGAGGAGCUGGUGAAAGGGCGACUCCUCGCUCACAGUUUACACAAGGGAAUAUACUCGGAUCUCGUGUUUGUCUCCUCACGCAUCAAACAUCAGGCAUCCACACCAGCCUUGAUGUCUAGACGUGUUUUGGAAAUCACCUCAUAUUUCAUGCUUGUAAUUUCAUGCAUAUUUCAUGCUUGUAAUUCAAUGACAAAUCAGUUUGGUCUUGUGAGAAUAUAGGGUAGGGUCUGUUUUUUUGCUUUUUUUAACAUUUUGUUCAUUUGCGUCUACUUUCAGACACUUGCUGUUGUUUUAUUGUUCAGUGUUUGUGGCUCAUUUUAAUAACCUCUUUCAAAAUGAAAGCAUGAUAGUCUUCUUACAGAAGGAUUUGUUAUAAAUAUUUAAAGAUAUAAAACAACUAAUUUAUUUAUUUGAUGUGGAUUUUUUUUCCUGUCAGUAAAAGAUGAAAUAAAACC